GAACGGGAGUGUGGACAAGCGGCAGACAUCACUGACACAAACGUAAACUGUUGGGGUCAAGCUGCUUCACUACUCUAGAAGGAACCUCUCAGUAGACUGCAGUUAUAAUCAAGAUGAAACCUCUCCAAUAAAGUGCACCUGAAGAAACCUCUCAGUAAGUUACAAGUGUCCUGAGGAAGAAGUCUCUGCUGUGUAUUACUGACCUUACUUCACCUCCUUGAAAAAGGCCAUCUGCUUGAUCAGACCAUCGCUCAGAAGGCUGAAUCUGGAUCUGGGCUGUGAGGGUCAUAACCCCUGAAACCAUCAGUAGAUAGGAGAAAUGAGAGAAUGCCACCAGCAAGGAAAAGCCGACGACAGGCAAGACCUCCAGCCAAACUUGACGAAUUUUUCUGUGAAGAUGGCAGAGACAGAGAACAAAAUGAACCACGCCGAAGUCGGAGAACACCCAAGCUGAGUGAAAAACUUAUAAAUUACAUGCAUGACAAAGGUAAUGUGAAAAAAGAAAGAAGUGAUUACCUGUUUAAUGAGCAAGCAAAAACUUCAAGUACUGGAUCUUCGGAGACAGAGUCAUCGAGUCUUAAGGAUGGGGAACCCAGAGUAUUGGGAAGACUAUCAAGCCACGUGAUGGGAAAAACCAGAAGGACAAACAAAAGCAGUAGUGAAACCAAAGUAUCUGUUAAAAGGCUUGCAAAUUCAAGUGCCAGAAAAAAGGAUAAGACUGCUAAGACGACAAGUUUGGCCAAACGGAGAGUUGGUAUGGCCUCAUCUUCUCGUGCAAAAAGUGCUGACUCUUACUCAUCAGCUAAAAGAACCAGAAGGGUAACAAAAAGGAAGCUUGAGGCUGGUUCUUCAUCAAAGGAGGGCAAAACUUUUGGCACCUACAAAAAAUUUAAACAUGUAAGAGACAGCAUUUCGGAAACCGAAAAUAAAAGCACCAAAGCAAAAGAAGGCAUUGACAAAGUUCCACUUGUUAAUAAAAACAUAAUAAACAAGCUGUUGAAUUUUGGUGCUGAAGUUGCUGAAGCCAUGUCUGUUAACAAUGAGACAAUGCUUGAUUUAAGUGCAAAUGACAGUACAAGACAAAAUCCUCUUCGAACCCUUGAGACUUGUCGGGUAGAUGAUUUUGAUGAAGAUGAAAUUACCAAAAUUAUUAAUUGGCUAGAGGAGGAAGAGGAGCAGCGCCGAACACACAGGAAAAGAAUACUUGACUCAAUGAAAGUUUCGCAUGAAUCCAAUAUGGCGCUAUAUACACAGAUGUUACAGGUCUUACAGUCUGUUACUUCAAGUGCCUGAGUUGUAUUGCUUAGCAAAAAUCUGUGUGUACAUUUGCACAUAGAAAAAACUUCAUUCUUUAAUUUGUAAGUAAACAAAAGUACAAUAGAACCUCACUUUUCCACUACUUUUGAUUUAUGUAAUAACAGUUUACCAAGUAGUGUUUCAUUAAUACCUUGUAUAUUUUAUAUUGUACGAAAGUAAAAAAAAUAUAAUCCUUUAAGGCUCUUCAGUACUGUACCUGUACUACAAAAGAUAACCUUAGAUAUUUGGCAUCAGUAUAUCUUAUGGGAAAUAUUUUUAUAUAGAAAAUAAAACAUUUUAUCAUGAUUGAAUUUAAAAAAAAGAAAGGUUGUGAAUAGUUAACAACUAGCUGGUAGUAUAAUGGAGCCUCUGCUAUUUGCACAUGUUGAAUCUUGGCUAACUGCAUAUACCAAUUCUGUAAUUAGGAACAAGGAUGACAAGUAAUCUUAAAAAUUUCCACUUAUAUUCAGUAUACACGUACUUUUAUUUUCCUGUAUGCUUCUUCUUAGUUCUUAAUUCUGUAAUGUAAUAUUUCAUUUCAACCUAGGAGGUUUAGUCUGAGACUGGGCCUUGGGGAAGAUGAUCCCCAGGACUACUAACAGCUAUCUUAGUGCAGUUUUUCUUGGUGACUACUACUAGUUUUCCCUGCUUUAUAAAGUUUUUCUUUAUGCUAUUACAUGAUUUCACAUUUCUUGAGACUAUUUUGUAUGUGCAAUAUACAUUCACUGUAAGUGAUAAAUACCGUUUGCAAAAAGUAUUGGCAAUUCUUACCUGAGUUAAUAAUUGAUGCCCUGAAAGUGUUUAGUAGAACUGCCAUGGGCCAGGAAUGCAUCUAUUGCAUAUAGCAGACAUCUGUACCAAAUUUGCAUACAUUAGGGAAUAUUUUUGUGUAGAGCCCAUACCUCACUUAGUGACCUUGUAACUGCUGCUCACUUUUGAAACAAAAACAAAAAUCCUCAAGCUUUCCAGCCAAGAAGCCAAUAGUCACUGUUGAGUAUUCUGUUAACUUCACUGUAUUAUGCGAAGUACUCUUUGUACCGUACUUUGUGGUACAUAUAAACGUGCAUGGAUAAGAUAAAAAGAAAAAUUUAUAUUUUGGCCUACCCCUGAGGUCCUGAGCAGACUUAAGAAAAAUAUACAAGGGAUGAAGUUCAUAUGAAAAAAGAUCACUUGAACCAAGUUUUAUGAUGUUAGGUGCAAGAACUGUCAAGUGUCUGCCAAACUGAAAUCAGAUACACUAGCAGCACAGAUCAUUGCUAUGCAGUCUUUGUCUAUAUAAUAGACUUAAACUUUUCAUCAACCAGUGACCCAUAUCACAGUAAUGAUGUUGAACAUCAUUACUGUCACUAUAACAAGGUGAUGCACAUACUACAGUCAUAACAGGAAAACACUUGCAUCCUGUGUAUGCUGUUACCUGCAACAGUUACAGACUUGCUCUGCUGCUGUAUGUGAAUACUUAAGUUUUGCGUUUAGUUAAGUGGCAGAUAGAGAUGCCACUGAAUAAGUGGUAGAGUUAUGAUAACAUAUUUAAAGUACUUGGUAUUUGUAAAUUUAAAGGGUGUGAAGGGUUAUAAAUUAUCAGGUUGUCCAGAUUUGUCUUUAAUAUUAUAUGAAUAAUUCUUGUCCAGACUUAUUAGAUUUGAUAUGUUAAUGCAUUGUCAAGCAGGAAGUGAGUCAUAAAGAUUAUCUCAGUCUUGAUAUAUAGCAUAGCUUUUUUUUUUUUCUUCUUUUUUUUUUUUGUAAUAUUUAUUUAGGUCAUUUGUAUUGUUGUUUGUAAUGCUUGAAUUCCACAUUUGCCAAACUGAAGGAGUCAUUUGUAAUUGCCUUUUUUCAUUUUUUAUUUAUUUUUAUUUACUUAAUUUUCUUAUUGUAUGAAUUUAUUACUUAGCUAUGAAUGUAUUUCAUUUGUUCUGACACACUAAUUGCUGUCAAGAAAAAUAAACAUCGCAAUAAUGUGGUUGGAACAAUUCGCAAGUAACCGACACUAGAGAGGAAACUUUAGAUGAUAUUUCCAUACAUUGUGGAUGGAUUGAAACAUGGUUUGAAUCUUUCUCUGUGUAAGGAGGCUCUUGUCUUUGAAUUGAAUAUAAUUACUUUCCAAUCCUCAAGCACUGUAUGACCCCUACAGGUUCAACGCUGCCUAAUAAUAACAAUAAAAGUAUUUUGGUCAUUGCACAAUCCAAGGAAGUUAUCCCCUUAUUCCAUAAUCCCGGUUAAUUGUGCCUCAGUGUAUGCUGUCGGAAUAGUGCAGAGUUGAUGAGUUGACAAUACAGUUAAAUAUUAGUAUUGAAAAUUUGAAGGCAAUCAGAAGUGGAACAAAUAAGUCAUAUGGAAACUAAUAUCCCAACUUUUUCAAUGAAAAUUGUAAAUUAGGACAUACUGUAUGAACUGAAUCUGAUUCAAACCUUUCAAAGAUACCAGUAAUAUCCUAAAAUAAACAAGCACAUUAAGCUUAAAUCUGUACACAACCAGGGGCUUUCUGUGAAAUACAGUAUCUCGGUAUCGCCUUCUCCGUAUGAAUUGUAAUCCAUACUUUGCAUUAUCAUUGCAUAACAUAGAAGACUGAAGGUAAUCAGAUGCAGCACUCUGAUGAUGAUCUAUCCUGCAAUAAAUUUUGUCAUUCUGAGGGGUGCCUUGAUGUUAAAGAAGGGCUCUUGGUUCAAGGAAUUGGAGCUACUGUUCUAUUCCUUGGAUCAACUCUAAUUAUAUUCCAUUACCCCAGGUGCUGUUUGACCUAUAGGGUUCAUUGUUUCCUAAUAAAUAUCAGUAGUACUACUAAUAAAUUUGGCAUAUAAUUUUA